AUGGCCUCUGCUCUCUCUGUGCGCUCAGUGCGGCAGCCCUCCUUCUCCAGCAUCUCUGUGAGGGGCAGUGGACGCAGCAUCCGCUCCAAACCCUCUGUCUCCAAUCUUUCCUCCAUCGGCACUCUGUCGCGCUCCCUCUCUCUGGGCAAUGGCCUUAAUGUGCUGGGCUCCAGCCUCUCUAUCAACGGCCUCAGCGUCAGCGUCAGCGAGAAGGAGACCAUGCAGGGCCUGAACGACAGGCUGGCCAACUACCUGGACAAGGUGCGGUCGCUGGAGAAAUCCAAUGCUGAGCUGGAGGUGAAGAUCAAGCAGCUUAUGCUGGAGAGAGCUCCAAAAGGGCACGACAUUGAGGGGAUGAUGGCACAGGCCCAUGCCAUUGGACAGGAGGUUAGAAGGAAGACACUGGAGAAUGCCCGUAUAAUGCUGGAGAUUGAUAAUGCCAAGCUGGCAGCUGAUGACUUCAGGGUCAAAUGGGAGGCAGAGGCCACCUUGUGCCAGUCAGUAGAGAGGGACUGUCAGGCUCUGAGGAGAGCAAAGUCAGACCACGACCAGAUCAUCGCCACUCUCCGAGGAGACCUGGACAGCCUGAAGGAGGAGCUCUACUUCCUCAAGAAGAAUCACCAGGAGGAAAUGAACUCCCUGAAGGCCCGUCUGGACAAUGAGCAGGUGAACGUGGAGGUGGAUGCGGCUCAAAGUCCUGAUCUUGGGGCCAUCUUGGCUGAACUCAGGGUCCAAUAUGAGGGUAUUGUUCGCAAGAACAAGGAGGAGGCAGAGUCUUGGUACCUGAAGAAGCUAGAGGCAGUACAGUCGGAGGUCAAAGAAAGCAACGAAGCUUUGCGUUGUGCCCAAAGUGAGCUCAGUGAGAGGCGGCGUUUCCUUCAGGCUCUAGAAGUUGAGCUUGAGAGCGUUCGUAAACAGGUUAGCGUGUUAGAGGGAAAUCUCGGAGAAUCGGGACACAAGUACUCUGUGGAGAUGGACCGUCUUCAGGCCAUUCUGACACAGCUGGAGGAUGAGGUGUCUCAGCUACGUUUGGACAUGCAGCGCAACAAGACUGACUACGAACAGCUACUACGCAUCAAGCAGAACCUGGAGAUGGAGAUCGCCACCUACAGGAGGCUGCUGGAAGGAGAGGACGUGGUGAAAGAAACUCCCCCUCCACCUCUUAAAAAAGACCCCGAUGUGAGGACUAGGAAGAUUGUGAAAGUCGUGACUCAAACAAUGAUCAAUGGCAAAGUAGUCGAUGAGUCCAGCGAGGUGGAGGAGAUCGAGGAACGCAAAAAAUGA